AUAAAAAAAAGCCAAAGCCUUUUGUGCAGCAGCGCCGAUAGGAAACACCACACUGAGAAUCUUAAUAGACAUCAACGAGUAUCAUCUCCACCUUGUUAUUGUUCAUCUCUUGCCAGACAACCAUCAUCAGCCACUCACCCUUUAUUAAUUAAUUUGAUUAUUAUCCAUUUCAGAUCAAGGACAACCAUUGAGUGGAGAACAAAUACAUCAGCAACAGCACAACACAAAUAUUGUUCAUUGCAGCAUUGAGAACUUUGCUUUCAUCUAAAUUUAAAAACAAAUAACUGAAAAGCAAUAACUGAAAGAGAAUCCAGUAUUCAUCAUCAACAACAAUACACCAGUGAACACGACGAUAGUAGUAGUUAGAAAACAAACUCAUUGAAAAAACAAAACUCAUUCUCUUCAAUAUUAGUAGUAUUAAUUAUAGUAGUAUCAAACUCUUCUUGGCCAUCUCAAACAUUAUAUUCAAUCCAAUCAAAUAGUAACACUUCAACAACAUGUCUAGUAAUAUUACCAUGCAUCCACUCCUCAAUGAUAUGUCCAGAUCAAGAUCAAGAUCCUCACCUGCUACAAUGAUUGGAAAUAGACAAUCUCUCUCAAAUAUUGAUAGCACAACAGCCACAACUCCAUUCUCCUAUCAUAAGGAUCUUCAAAAGACACCUUCCGUACUCUCUGAUUUGAUUCAAAACCAAACCGUUGAUGGUAAGAAGGAAUUGGAUUUUCCAACUCUCUUCUUAAUGAAGAAGAUGAAACAAAAGGUUGAACAAGUUGGUUUGUCUCCAAGAAAUAGAAGCCAAAGUUUAAUCACCAUGAUGAAACAUUCAGGCCAACCAAUGCUCUCCUCUGGUGGUAGUAAUGAAGAUCAUUCUCGAUAAAUGUACUACACAAUUUAUCAGAUUUUCAAGAGUGUUUUGAUAGGAUAUUGAGAAUCUGGAUAGUGUCUCUCUAUCCUUUCAAAAUGACUGCACACACCAAUUAUAACAUUUAAUACCGAGUCAAUACAUACGAGCAACAAACCUUCUAACCUGUUAAUAGGGCACAAACAUAUUCGAUGCCUUUUGUACAUUAGCUGAAUCUUUCGAUUCUUGUAUUAUUAUUUCUCAAAUCUUCUAACUGUGUAAAAUAAACGUAAUAUCAAACCGGUUUAGGGACUUUUGUAAU